AUGUCAGAUUUAUGUCCAGUUUACGCUCCAUUCUUUGGUGCAAUUGGUUGUGCUUCAGCAAUUAUUUUCACUUGUUUUGGUGCUUCUUAUGGUACUGCUAAAGCUGGUGUCGGUAUUUGUGCCACUUGUGUUUUAAGACCAGAUUUAUUAGUUAGAAACAUUGUUCCUGUUAUUAUGGCAGGUAUUAUUGCCAUUUAUGGUUUAGUUGUUAGUGUUUUAGUUUCCGAUGGUUUAAAACAACAACAAGCUUUAUACACUGGUUUCAUUCAAUUAGGUGCUGGUUUAUCCGUUGGUUUAUCCGGUUUAGCUGCUGGUUUUGCUAUUGGUAUCGUUGGUGAUGCUGGUGUCAGAGGUACUGCUCAACAAGCAAGAUUAUUCGUCGGUAUGAUUUUAAUCUUAAUUUUCGCCGAAGUCUUAGGUUUAUACGGUUUAAUCGUUGCCUUAUUAUUAAAUUCUAGAGCUCAACAAGAUGUUACUUGUUAA